ACCACAUUGAUGCCAAAUAUACAACUUAGAAGAAUUUCUGAAGCCGAAUAUGGAAAAGCUGUAGGAUUAGGUUUUAAAUAUAUAACGUUACUAUUAAUGUCUGUAAUACUGUCAGGAUUAUUUGGGUCAAAAUUAAAUGUGAAAGUGUCGUCGGGAACAUCUGUUAAUAAGGAGACAGAACCAUUGCUAGAACAGGUUUUCCUUGCUAAACCUAAAAGCAAAAUAAUCCCGUAUAUCAAAAGAGGUAAUUCAUUAAACGCAGAGAAAGUUGUCAAAAUAGUUGUAUUAAAAGCAGAAACCAAAAAAGUUUCAUUACGAAUAGAAGUUAUAUUUGUAGAAAUAUUGAAGCCAAAACCGAGAAAGUAA